CAUCAGACAUCAUGUCAUCGGCAGCUCCGGAGGGUUUAGCGGCCUCCGGGACACCGGGGGGAGACACCGGGACACCGGGGGAAGACACCGGGACACCGGGGGGAGACACCGGCAUGGCAGGAUCCCGUAAAACAACCUUCGUUCAGAAACCGAAAGGAAGAGAGAGACGUCACAGCUGUCAGCAAUGUGACAAAUCCUUUACAACAUCUAGACAUUUAAAGCGCCACCUGCAUAUUCACACAGGAGAUAAACCGUACAGCUGUGAAGAAUGUGGGACAACUUUCACUACAUCAAGUGUUCUCAAAAGACAUCAACGUAUUCACACUGGAGAAAAACCGUACAGCUGUGAAGAAUGUGGGCAAACUUUCACUCAAUCUAGUGAUCUCAAAUCACAUCAACGUAUUCACACUGGACAAAAACCGUACAGCUGUGAAGAAUGUGGGCAAACUUUCACUCAAUCAGGUGCCCUCAAAUCACAUCAACGUAUUCACACAGGAGAUAAACCGUACAGCUGUGAAGAGUGUGGGAAAACGUUCACUACAUCAAGUGAUCUCAAAAAUCAUCAUCGUAUUCAUACUGGAGAAAAACCAUACUGGUGUGAAGACUGUGGGAAAACGUUCACUACAUCAAGUGAUCUCAAAAAUCAUCAUCGUAUUCAUACUGGAGAAAAACCGUACUGGUGUGAAGAGUGUGGGAAAACGUUCAUUACAUCAAGUGGUCUCAAAAAACAUCAUCGUAUUCAUACUGGAGAAAAACCGUACUGGUGUGAAGACUGUGGGAAAACGUUCACUACAUCAAGUGAUCUCAAAAUUCAUCAUCGUAUUCAUACUGGAGAAAAACCGUACUGGUGUGAAGAGUGUGGGAAAACGUUCACUACAUCAAGUCAUCUCAAAAGACAUCAACGUGUUCACACGAGAGAAAAACCAUAGUGGUUUUAAGAGUGUGGCAACACGUUUUCUCAAAGUAUUCACCUUAAUGUCCACGAGCGAAUCCAUUCUGCAUAGUUUUGAACAACUAUGAGAGCCAAGCUAGCUGUUUCCUCCUCCCGAUGUCCUGAGAGAUGUCGUUAUAAUUUAAGAGUCUUUCUGAAUUGAAGUCUGACUAAUAGACUUCAAUUCACAGUCAGUCUCGUUUUAUGUCCCUGGACAAGGCCUGAGGUCCUCCUCAGCUUUUUUAAUAUCCCUAAAAUCCCCCUAAAUAAAAUGGGUGAGGCUUUUCUCCACUACGCUCCCGAACUGUGGAACACCAGGAAAUAUCAGAGAGGCUCAGUGGACAUUUUUAAAUGCCAGUUAAAGAAACAUCUCUUUAGAUUAGAUUUUUAUUAGCAACCCCCCACUUUAAAUGGUGUUUUAGUCUUUAUUAUUUACCUACUUUUAUAUUGUUUUAUUUAUGAUAUAGGAAGGGUUUUAUCUUAUAUUAGUUAUUUAACAGUUUCAAUAGCAACAUUUAUUUUUACGUUGGUUUCUUUAUAUUUUAAUCGUUUAACCUUUAUUAGAAUUAUGAUGUUUUUAUUUCUGUUGUACCUAUAUGUUCACUUUACUUUAUAGGGUUUUAUAUUGUUGAAUCUAUUCACCUGUCUUGUGUCUUAUCUUUCCGAGAUAAAUCAUAUUUUUUUUUACUGUAUUUCAUUUGUUAUUGUCAUACCUUUUACCUCCUUGUGUAUCUUAACCUGUUACAAUGUUAUAUUUUGCUGCAUGUAUCUGUAAAGGUCUUAACAUCUGAGGGGACUUUCUUGUUGUUUAUUUUUAACUUGUGAUGUGUCGCCAUUUUGUAAAGCACUUUGAGCUGCACGUGCUGUAUGAAAAGUGCUGUAUGAAAAGUGCUGUAUAAAUAAAGCUUUAUUAUUACAACAGUUUUUUAUGUUCUAACCAGCGUUCACACUAUGCCAACACAAGGCCACAGAGAUGCUGUUUCUCCAAUUUAAUUAAUGUUUGUAAUGGUUUCUGAACUAUGAAGAAAUGUUUUACUAUGCUGUGUUUCAACCAUGGUUUUCUAAUAGCCUUGUUAUUCCUUUUUUUAAAUAUUAUAUCUCAACUGCUAGCCUCGUUAAGCUGCAUUGAAGGAAUUUAGUUUCACUGUUCAUUAAUCUGCCGAGUAGUUUCUCCAAUAAUCUGUUUGGUUAAUAAAAUGUUGUGACUUUAAA